AUGCUCUGCGACCUGCUGCACCCCGGCCUCCCCAUCUCCUUCCACGCCUGCUUCCUGCAGUUCUACUUCUUCUUCUCCACGGGGGCCACUGAAUGCCUCUUCCUUGCAGCCAUGGGUCUGGACCGGUACCUGGCCAUCUGCCAGCCCCUGCGCUACCCCGUCCUCAUGUCCCCCCCACUCUGCUGGACCUUGGUCGCCUCCUGCUGGCUUGUUGGCUUCCUGUGGUUCAUAGCACCCAUCGGCCUCAUCUCCCGGCUCUCCUUCUGCAGCCCCGACACCCUGGACCAUUUUGUCUGUGACCCAGGCCCGUUGCUGGCUGCCUCCUGCUCCCCAGCUCACUGGGCCGGUCAGUUCUGUGCCAACAUGGCCUCCCUCAUGCUCUUCACCACCAUCUCCUUCAUCCUGGCCUCCUACGGGCUCGUUCUCAGGGCCGUGCUGAGGCUGCCCUCAGGGGCCGGGCGGCACAAGGCCUUCUCCACCUGCACCUCCCACCUGGUCAUCGUGGGCCUGUACUACGGCUCCGUCAUGGUGAACUACGCCAUCCCCACGGCCUCCGGGACCAGCGGGAAGGUGGUGACGCUGUUCUACACGGUGGGGACCCCGCUGCUCAACCCGCUGAUCUACAGCCUGAGGAACAAGGAGAUGAAGGAGGCUCUGAGGAGGACCCUGCUGGGGGAGCGUUAG